UACGUUCUCUUGGCUCUAUAGCACUUAGAAAAGCAGAAGACAUUGACUUCAAGUACCACUUUGACUUCUUUAGUGUAAACUUCAAUGAAGAGCUCGUUGCACUAUAUGGUGGAAGUCUAAAAAAGCAAACAAAAUUUGUUCAUGAAUGCAUUAAAAUAAUCCUUAAACUCUAUGAGGGUCAGGAUUUUGCACCAAAAAGUGUUGCAAUUGUUGGUCAUUCCAUGGGUGGCCUUGUUGCAAGAGCAUUGCUUACAUUAAAGAAUUUUAAGCCAGAACUGGUAAAUCUUCUAGUUACCCAAGCCACACCUCAUACUGCACCUGUAAUGUCAUUAGAUAGCUAUCUCAAUGAUUUUUAUAAAACAGUAAACAACUACUGGAUUCUAAAUGCUCAGGACAUAAAGCUAAGUACCCUCUCUAUAGCUGGAGGGUUCCGGGAUUAUCAAGUUCGAUCAGGACUGUCUUCCCUAACAAAACUAAGUCAUCAGACCCAGGCUUUAUCUGUUGUGAGCACAGCAGUACCAAGGACUUGGGCUUCAACAGACCAUCUCUCUAUAGUUUGGUGUAAACAAUUACAAUUGGCUACAAUUAGAGCUUUUUUCGAUCUUAUUGAUGAUGAUACUAAACAGAUAACUAUGAAACCCAAAAAGAAGAUGGCUGUUUUGAAUCACCACUUUAUAAAAUAUCCAGCAAAGCCAUUUGAGGAAAUUCCCAAUAUAGUUGCUGAUUUAACAGGGACAUCUAAGUGGGUUCCAGUGAAAGUAACAAAAUGGACCUUUAUGGCUUUUAAUGAGUCUUAUGCAAUGUAUUUUGCAUUUCCUCUCUCAAAUCACAGAAAAACCUACACUCAUAUUUACUGUCGGAACAGCAUGUUGGAUACCCAGAGUUGGAUUUAUGGCUGUAUAAACAGUGUUUCUAUGUGUACUCAGGGUGUAGACCUGUCUUGGAAAACUGAACUAUUGCCAACAAUGAAGACUUUCAUGCUGAAACUCCAGGAUUAUCCAAAAUUGUCUCAUCUUGUUGUUUAUGUACCAUCUACUAAUGGAAAUAAGUUUGUUGUAGACUGUGAAUUAUUUCACAUAGAAUUAAGAACUGUACAGCUUCCUGUAACUCAUCUCUUUUCCUUUGGAUUAACUUCAAGACAGAUCAAAUUAAAUUCAAAUGGCUUGUUCUACACUGUACCACUCAUGAACUUUGGACAGAUAUACCAAGCUUUCAAAAUUGAUAUAAAGAGCAAAUGCGCAUCAACCAAAGUAGAAAAAAAUAAUGUUUUCAGACUCCAUAUUCCUUGGUCCCAUGAAGAUAUGAUGAUUUCUUCAAAAGCCCCAACUUCUACUGAAAUUUCUUUAAAACUACAUGUUGCACAACCAGAAAAUGAUAGCCAUGUAGCAGUGUUCCAUAUGUUUACAUCAUCAGAUUGUCGCUAUGAGAUAACAGUUAGAACUUCGUUUUUACAAAUUCUUGGACAGGUAAUUCGAUUCCAUGGUGGAGCUCUUCCUGCCUAUAUCAUGUCUAGUAUCCUCCUUACUUAUGGAGGACAGUUACAGUCUCUUAUUUCAGUAGGCCAUUGUUUAGAUUAUACCACUAUGUUGGAUAGAGAAGCCAAGCCAUACAAAGUUGAUCCUUUUGUAAUAAUUAUGAAAUUCAUGUUGGGCUAUAAUUGGUUUAAAGAAAUUUGGGAUAGUUUCUUCUUACCAGAAUUAGAUGCCAUUUUUCUGAAUACACAAAGCAUGUGUUUCCCACUUGUAUCAUUGGUCCUCUUUCUGUUUGGAACCAGUAUUGCGUACUGGGGAGGCAUACUUUCUUCUUUAUCUGUGAGGCUUCUUUCUUCACUGUGGCUAACUUUAAACAGACCUUCUGAAAUCCCCAACGACUCCAGAUUGAUAACAACAAGAUUAUCACUUCUGAUUAUGCUUCUGCUAAUAAUUGGUUGGACAACUUGUGGAGCACUUGCAAUACUUCUCAUCUAUCUUUACUAUGUAUUUAAGAUUAUUAACUUGUACUCCAACAUAACAACACUGAAAAAUAACUCUGAUGUGAUUCAGAAUAUCCCUGAAAGAAAUGAAAACAAUACAAAUUCUUCCAUUGAAGAAACAGAGAAGAAUGAUGGAUCUCAGCAAAACCUUCCUCCAAAACCAAAUGUACUUCCUAUAGGUUUAGUCAUUGAUAAUGCUGAAGAUAAUUUUAAGAUGCAUAUUACUAUUGUUAACUUAGUAAUAUGGAUUGUAUUUCUCAGUAUGCCGUCCUUAAUUUAUUGGCUAAAGAAUCUCAGGUAUUAUAUUAGACUUAAUCCUGAUCCAUGUAAACAUCUAUCAUUUUUCCUCGUUCCUACUUUGGGGAUCCUUGGGAAUUCGGAUAUUGUUUCAAUAAAGUCGAGUAAACUGUUGAAGACUGCUGCACAGUUUCCACUCAUAGUGGCCAUUGGUGUGGUUGCCUUUGGGUCUACACACUUAUACAGAGUGCCGUACUUUGUAGUCAUUCCUCUUUUACUCCAUAUGUUGUCUAAUGUUUGAUUUGAGGAAUAAUAGGGUUACUUUGGCUCUUCAGGAAGGUAACAAAAAAGAACAACACACAGAUUCAUCAGCUCGGAUUGCAGGAUCCUUUGGAGAAGACAAGUCUAUUUUUACAAUUUGAAAAUUCAAAACUAGUUUUGUAACCCCUGAGGAAAGUAUUGAUGCAUGGUUUUGUUUUUGUGGUGUGGUAUUUGUCUACUGAUCAUUUUGAAAAACGAAUAUAAGGAGUUUAGUGGCCAAAAUCUUUCAAGAUUUUGAUUCCUGCGCAUACCAAUCUGUUUGGUUUAUGACACUAGUGAUGUUUUUAUAGUUUAGAUUAAAUAGACAAUAACAUUGUUUGUAUUGACAUUGCAAGUAUUUCAUCCGGUUUUUCUACUGAAAUGUUUGUUCCUUUGUAUUUACUAUAGUUUGUAUAUUAAGAAUUAAGUCUUAAAGAGGUGGAUAAAAUUCAUAGAAUCAAUUUCCUCAGAAAACAAAAUACCCAAGAAUACUUUUUGAUCAGUUUUAAGAAACCAUAUUUGUGAGGUGUAUUGUUAACAUUCUUUUAUGUCUACAAGGUUAUAUUUGCUUUUAAUUUUUCAUGAUCAAACAAGAUAUUUUUCAGCAACCUUUUAUAAUUUGUGAAAAACAUCAAUUUCAGAAGUUAAGAAAGUUUUUUUGUUUUUUUUUUGUUAUUUUUCAAAUGCUGACUUUCAUUUUGUAUUCAUGACAAAAACCUUAAGACUUAAAUAAUGCUAAUGUUGGGUCAUAAAAAAAAGUUUGUCAUAGUUAUUCACUUAUUGGCAUUGAAUUAAUUAUUUCAAUCUGUGCCUUCAUCAAACCUGAGUUUGGCUCUUUUCAACUUUUGCCCAUUGCUUCUUGUUCUAUCUUUUAGAGCCAAACAAAAUAAGCCUAAUCCAUCUUUCAUAAUGGAUAAUGACCCUUCAAAUACUUGAACAGAGUUUUCCCUCCUUUAUUUUUCCUCUGGUCUCUUCUAUUCUAUGGGCUAAAAAUCCCCAGUUCCAUCAGUCCAUCUUUAUAUAGCAUAGACUUAGUGUUCUUAAUUUUCCUUGUUUCCCCAUUCUGAAUACUGUCUAAUUUAUUGAUGUCCUCAAGUGGUGAUACCUGGAACUGGGCACAGUGCUCAGAUGAGGUCAGUGACUGGCAGAAAGACUACAACCUCUUCAUUUCUGGAAGCCCUGCCGGUUUUAAUGUAGUCCAAGAUCACUUGAAGCUUUUCAGCAGCUACAUCACAUUGCUGACUCAUGUGUACUUGCAGUCCAUGGAUCCUUUUCAGAUGAACUGUCUGUUCAUUCUUCUCACAUGAGUUCAGAUGCAAUACUCUGCAGUAUUUGAGGCAUUCCUAGGCUUGUGAAAUUAACAGGGAAAAGGUAUGGAGUAACAAUCAACAAGCAUUUACUAGGUUCCAGGUACUAGUUACACUCUGGCUAUACAGAGACAAACAAAAGACAGCCUUUGCUUUCGUGUUCUAAUAGACUAAUGAGGAAAAUAAGCAACUGUGUACAAACAAGAAAAACAUGUACACGACCCUGGACAAUUCAUGUAAUGUCUCUGAAUCACAGUUUCCCCUCAUCUGUAAAAUGAGGGGUUGGACUACAUAUGACCUCUGAUCUGACUCUAAGAUCCUAAAUGACCUGCUGACUAGCUCUAAAUCUUAUAAUCCCCUGAUUCCUUGCUUCAAAGUCACAGGCUGCUUUUGUAAUUAGGCAAAUAUCACUUCAUAUCAUACAUCAGUCCAAGAAAACAGUCAAUUCAAAGUUCUACCCUUAUGUUCUUUUAAAUUUAUACUUAUUAAGAAAUAAGAUUUAGUGAUGCUAAUUAUAUCAAACUAAAACGUUUAAAAUCAAAAUAGAAACAUGCCAAAAUCUUAAAAUUUAUAAUACUUUACCAAGGACUAAUUUUCCUUUGUAAAUUAAGAAAUUUUAAGAGCAAUUAUCUACUUAAGAAUUUUAACCAUUUUGAGGUAUAAUAAAAGUACAUUCAAUUACUCUUUCUCUGAAGGGGAAAUAAAUUCAUUUAGAGUGAGUUAAAAAAAAAAAGCCUAUAAAUGAAUAAAACCACCAAACACUGAGAAUAACCAUUUUAUGGGUUUAUAUUUGCCUUUUUAAAAAUUAUUUUGAUUUUUAGUAUUUUUAUAAUAACAUAAUUAGUAAAAAAAAAUGUAUGUUCUAAAGCCUCAAAAGGGCACAUUUUCCAUUUCAUGUUACAUUUGUUUUGUAUCAUAUUAGGUUUUUUUUUUAACAUCCUUUUGUAAGUAAAAUUGAGGUUUUUUGGUUUUUUUUUUAGUUUGAGCAUAAAGCACUGAAUUGGAAAUUAUUGAACAGUGUUUAUAAAUUUAACAACAUGCACCACCAAAGCUACGUACAACUGUAAUAUACCUCUGGAUACUUGUGCCAAUGAACUGUAUUUAGAAAACAGAUACAUAUUGGGAUAAAACAAAAAUAAUUUUUCAGCAUUUCUAAGCUAUCAUUUUUAAUAACAGAUGUGUAACUGGCAAAACUUGUACUUGGUAUUCUUGUUUUUCUAUGUUUAAAGCUUUUUUUCUUUUUCUUUUUUUUUUUUUCCUGGCUGAGGCAGUUGGGUUAAGUGACUUACCCAGGAUCACACAGCUAGAAAGUGUUAAAUGUCUGAGACCAGAUUUGAACUCAAGUCCUCCUGACUUCAGGGCUGGUAUUUUAUCUGUUGCACCAUCUAUCCCUCUAUGUUUAAAGAUUUUAGUAUAAUAUAACAAUUUUAUUUAAUUUCUGAAAUAGUGUAAUCUGGUUCUUCAUUUGAAAUUUCUAAUUUAUGUUUAAUGAUAAUUUGUCUUCAUUUGAUCUUUUUGUUUUCAAUAAAAGUCCCUCUUUUAAUGGAAUACACCAAUAGUUCCAUGGAACUUUGCUAUAAAGCUAAGCUUCUUAAACUGUGGGUUGUGACCUUCUAUUAAAAUCUCAUAAUUGAAUGUGAGGACACAAAAUUAUGAUUUAUUAACAAUAAAUAUUUGAUUUGUAUGCCUUUUUAUAUAUCUCCAUAUCUGGGGUCACAUAAAAAUUUCUUGUGUAAAAAAGGAUCACAAGUGGAAAAAGUUUAAGAAGCCCUGCUGUAGAGUAUAUUUGGUUCAUUGGUUCCAAUUUUUCCAAAAAGUACUUGACUGCCAAGGUAAUUAGAAAAAAAAGUUAGAAUUGAACUUUAUAGAUCUUGUUUUACAGAUAUUAAAACUUUAAGACUGUCAUCCUAAGAGAGAAAGUAACUUAUAUGGUUACUUACCUUGGAGCAAUUCACCUUUUAGAGUUGGGGUUAACCAUAAUGAUACUACCAGCAGAUCUAAUUGCACAUAUUCCCUAGGCAAAGUCAUUUAGUUCAGGAAGCAUUUCUUAAACACCUGUCAUGCAUUGGGCCCUGUGCCAGACUGGAGAAUACAGAGACAAAAAAGGAAAACUGUACCUGUGUCCUUUUCAGCUCUUGAGAUGACAGAAGCUUGACACAACAAUCUGACUAAAUGUUCUCAAAUAAAACUUUAAUAUCAAAGUUAAGGGAAAAUCAGGAUGCCACAUUACCAUGUUAACAUAAUAUUCUACCAAUUUAUUUGCCACAAAAAAGAAUUACUAAAACUGAAAAUGUUCAACAGAGUCAGAUACUUUGCCUCCAAUGUCAUCCUAUAAAUGUAAUAGAUUUGCCUUUAUGACAAACCCUAACACUUGUAAAUUCACAUAUCAGGCAGUCUUGCCUUUAUUUUUUCUACUUUUUAACAUUAUGUGACUUCACUGGCUUCUCACUGCCUACUAAUACUGAUAAAACCGAAAGAUCAUAAGAUGUGCUAAGAAUGACUUACUGGGAAUUAGAGAUCUCUUACUCUAUUCCUGACCCUGUCCAUAACCUAGUUCCAUGACCUUAAUCUCUUUUACAAUACAACUUCUCUAGGUCUCGGUUUCAUCAUAUAGAAAAUGAAGGAACGGCUGAUCCUUAGAAGUCCUUUAUGUCUAUAAUAUUUGAUCUGAUAGCUUGUCUGACAGCUACUUCAACAAUUAGUAGAUUGUGUAUUAUUAUUUAAUUGAUUGAAAAAUUGCUGCUAUCCUCAUGUUAAGUAUUGAUUGGGUUAAACAACAAGUUAAAUGCUGCUGAACUUUUAGCACAUGCUUUGGUUUCACUGUUAUAUUCAUGCACAAAUAGCUCAACUAGCUAUUUAGUGGUAGCAAGGACCUUGUGGAAGUAAAGGACUAUAUAUUUAAUAUAUAAUGUUCAUUAAUUCUUGAAGUGCUUUGCAAACCUUAAAACUAUACAAAUUAGAGCUAAUCUCCAGAUUAAUGUUGUUAAUAUCUGUUAAGUGAAAGAUAUAUGUAUCUCAUGUGUUUAUAUUUUGUAUAGGUUCAAAAGUAUAUUUUUAAAGUACUUUCCCAUAGUGGAUUUUUUUUAAUGUAUUAUAAAUUUGGCAGUCAUACAAUUAGAUGCAGAUGAUUUAAAUGUUUUCUUUUUAAAAUAUUAUAAUUUCUAGUAUAAUUUUAUAACAAUAAUUUAACAUUUCACUGAGUAUAAAUGUGCAGAAUACUGAGGUCAAUAUGACCUAUAUUCAUAGGGAAACCAGACCAAAACUGAGCUUAUAUUCUCACUGUGACCUUGAAUUAUAGGGCAAGAGACUGUGCCUUAAAACAGUAAAGAAGAAUGCCCUGUGGCUUUUUGUAACUUUAGGUUUCAUUAUGAGUAUCCAUCUCAAAUUGACCAAAAAACUUUUCUUCAAGGUCAAUAAAAUAGGACUUUUAAAAAUAUGAGCUUCUCUUUUCCUUUGUAUUUUGGGAACUUCAUUCCAAGCAUCUCCCUUACUUUCUAGAGUUUUCAUUUAAAAUUAAAAUGAACAGUUAUAGUACAAAGAAAUAGGGAUGACACUAGAUUAUUAAAUUAUAAUUUUUAAAGCAAUUGGAAGCAAUGUGACCUUGACUUUACAUAUGAAAAUCUGAACAUGAACAUGUAAUUGUCUUAAUUACCUCGCAGUCAUGAAUUUCUUCCCAAGAUUCACUCUGGCCAGGGACCUCAUCCCUCAAAGUAUUUAGAAGCAUGUAAUAUAUGAGCAUUUAAAUGUACUUAAGAUUAAAAAAAUUUUUUGAAUGGUUUUAUUCUUAUUCCAUUAAAUUCCUAUUGGUAAUGUGCUCAUUCUGAGAUUUUUUUUCCCUCUCCACCUCAAUUACCAAGACUGAACAAAUUUUUUUUAAAUCAAAGAAUUAUGUGUAUAUUUUGCUAAAAUAAUAAAUGUUAUUCCAGUUUGAGCUCCAAGUUGUUUUUUGAUCUGUAAUCUUAAUUGAAUUUUUUCCACAUUUGUGGAAUUGAUAGGCUACUUCAUUUCAAGUUAUACUUUAAAAAAAUUUUUUUCAAUUCAUUCCUUUUCAUGUUAAAUUUUCCUCACUAAUGUAAUGUAAAAAAUCCUCACUAAUUUUUUUUUUGAAACAAUAGGAUUCUCUGAAAAUCAUUAAAGAUCAUGGCUUUCUUGAAUAAAUUGAGAUGGAAAUAAGGAAAAGGGAAAACAAUAGAAGGAAUUCAUUCCCAAGCCCAGUGCUAUUCAUUACCAACUUUCAUAUUCUUAAUUAGAGGCUCAUAGAGAGGUCCAUAAUGAUGACAUAUGAGACAUAGAAAUCUUUUUGCAGAUAAUGGUUACAUAUAGACCUGUGGUAACUGAAUUAUAUUGUACAUUCAUUCCUAUUCAGUACAAGGAUUAUUUCACCAUAGUAAAACUACUAAACUAUAACACAGACUAAAACGAUAACUCUCCCAAGUCUUUCCCAUAUGGACAUAUGCAUGCUUUCGUCAUAAUUUUGUACAGUGUUGUGCUAAAGACACAUUUUGUGUAUACUUGUUUUGUAUAAUAGAAUUAAUGUUAUUAAAUUUAACAUGUAAUUCACAAAAAGUGCUACUUACCAUGCUCUAUAUAGAGUGUUGUAAAUGGUUUUUUAUCUUGUUUCAGCUCUCUGCUAUUAGAUGUAGGGUGCAGUGUGUGAAUACUUCAGUCCUUGCUCAGGUAUUAAUGUGUGGCAGUUUUUGGUGCUUUCUUUUUAACUCAUCAUAUUCAAUGUUCUAAGUGUUCAACAAUAAAUUUGGUGAUAAAAAGA